GUUAGGUGCUUAAUCUUCUUCUUCUUCGGCCAACGUUGAUGGCAGAUUUAAUGGCGUGGGGAUGUACAAGGGGUACAUGUUCGGCAGCCCCACGAUCAUGAUCCACACGCCGGAAGGCUGCAGGCACGUGCUGAUGGACGACGAGCACUUCAUCCCCGGUUGGCCGAAGUCGACUCGGCUGCUCAUGGGGGAGAAGUCCUUCGUCGGCAUCGUGCGCGAGGAGCACAAGCGGCUGCGGCGGCUCACCGCCGCUCCCAUCAAUGGGCACGAGGCACUCAACGACUACCUCCAGUUCAUCGAGCACACCGUCGUGACCACCCUCGAGAGGUGGGCCGGGAUGGGUCAGAUCGAGUUCCUCACCGAGAUGAGACGGCUCACCUUCAGAAUCAUCAUGCAGAUCUUUCUGAGCUCCGGGAGCGAGGAUGUCAUACGAUCCCUGGAGAAGGUGUACACCGAUCUCAACUAUGGGGUGAGAGCCAUGGCUAUCAAUCUCCCAGGGUUUGCCUUCCACAGAGCCCUUAAGGUAAGCAGUGCUUCUACACUGCAGAGUAAUCAUCUUUGCUACAGAUAUUUCGAGUGCAGCGUGAACUAUUUGUUUAUGGCCUGUCUCAUUGGUGUGUAUUACAAAGAGUCUCUAUUGCAUUUCAGGCCCGAAAAAGUUUGGUUGCAACUCUUCAAAGUGUGGUUGAUGAAAGAAGAGCAUUGAAAGCAAGAAAUCUAUCUCCAGCAAAGAAGGACAUGAUGGAUAAUCUAAUAGAUGUCGAAG